UACAACAGCUGAAACCAUCAACAUGUCUGUUUUCCGUUGACGCUUCCCUGCGUUUUGGGGGUGAUUUUAAUUUUUUGCGGAAAUAUUUUAACUUCUACACUCAAUUUUUUAACAAAAUGCAUUCAUAAGUACCUAGUUGCAAACGUAUUUCCGCAAAAACUCUCAGUCUCCUCAUUAGAAUCCCGUGUUUCGUUUCAUCAAGUUCAACGGUUAUUGUUUACGGGAACAGCGGGGCAAUGGCAUCCUUUAGAAUUCACGACGAUCAAGAAAAUUCAUCAUUAGGAUUAAGAAAAGAUGCUGACGUACUUGCUGCUGCUACACAAAGGCGCGCGCUGGGAGAUCUCAGCCAAUUCGCCUGUAACCAGAACCGCAAUGUAAAACAUGUUGGCAUGACGAAAGGGCCAUGCAAAGUUCAAGAUGAGAAUAGGACCGUUCGCCAGAUAAAGAACGAAAAGAAUAUUGUGCCCCCCGUAGCUCAAUUUCGCGCCUUUAGCGUCUACGAAGAUAAACCAACUGAAGCAGAGGUGAAAAAAAGAGAGCCUACUUUCAAACCCUUUAUUGCCAAAGAUAUAAAAAAAGACAACUUCUUUAUCAAUGCUGCAGAAAAUGUCAAGGCUCUUUGUGCUCAAGCAGAGAAACAUUGUGAAAAACCAAAAGAGCUGCCUCAAAUAAGACCACCUUUGCAAGAAAAGAAAGAUGGCCUCGAGAAAAAGGUUGAAAAAGAUGUUGUUGAAUCUCCGAUGUCUGUUGUUGACUCCAGUAUACUGUCCAUGUCAAUAUCAAAAAAUGAGAGCCUUUUGGAAGAAACUGAUGAAGAUGCUACUACUGCUCAGACUGACAGAGAAAUGUUCUUCCAUGUUGCUGAAUAUAGACAGGAUAUCUAUGACUAUAUGAGGGAGAUCGAGGUAAAGAACAGAGCAAAUCCUCGUUACAUGCGAAAGCAACCCGAUAUCACUCAUGUUAUGAGAUCCAUUCUCAUUGACUGGCUGGUGGAGGUAUGCGAUGAGUACAACCAGCAAAGUGAGACAUUGCACCUCGCAGUGUCCUAUGUUGACAGAUUCCUGUCCUAUAUGAGUGUGGUUCGCACAAAACUGCAGCUGGUGGGCACUGCUGCCACUUAUAUUGCAUCGAAAUAUGAAGAGGUGUAUCCGCCAGAGGUCUCAGAGUUUGUUUAUAUCACUGAUGACACCUACACAAAGAAGGAGGUGCUACGUAUGGAACAUCUCAUCUUAAAAGUUUUAUCUUUUGACCUCUCCACACCCACCUCACUGUCUUUCCUCUCACACUAUUGCAUAUCAAAUGGACUUUCCAAGAAGACAUUCCAUCUGGCCGCUUACAUAGCGGAGCUGUCGCUGCUGGAGGCGGACCCGUACCUGCAGUUCAAGCCGUCGGUGGUGGCGGCGAGCGCGCUGGCGACGGCGCGCCACUGCCUGCUGUGCGAGCGCGCCGACUGCGCCACGCGCCGCGCCGACAACGCGCCGCACCCGCACUGCGCCACCAUUGCGUGGCCGGCGGCGCUGGCGCAGAGCGCGGGCUACUCGCUGGGCGAGCUGGGCGCGUGCCUGCGCGAGCUGGCGCGCUCGCACGCGCACGCGGCCGCGCAGCCCUACCAGGCGAUACCCGACAAGUACAGGAACAACAAAUACGACGCCGUUUCAACAAUUGAACCGAAGCCCAUGUUCGCCAUAGCCAAGUACCAACCUCCCGCGCCUGCCGCCGCGCGCCCGAGCGAACCCGCGAGAACUGCCUAGUAUACUUAGUAGACCUGUAGCAAAUGUGCCCAAACCCUAGUGCCAACGUGCCAAACGGUAAACUUAGCUCAAUCAGUUAUGGCCUAAACAUUGCAUAACGAAACUUGGAACAUACCAUAUGGCACAUAUGUCGAAUUGACGCAAAUUGCUUUGAACGUUUGUAUCAAGCCUUAAGAAUUUAUGAAUUUCCUUGACUUGGCUUUGCUCUAAUGUAUGUGUUAACUCAUUGUGGUGACCAACUAAUACUUUCUUUGGAUGGUUAAUAAUUUCAUGACGAAUGUCCCUUCCAUUUUUCUGCCAAGCUGGCAAUUAUCAUUUCAUAUGAGCGGCUGAAAACUGAUAGUAAUCAUUUCAUUGUUUGUCCAUCUUGUUUGCAAAAUUUUCAGGUUUUUCGUAUAUAUGUGAGCAAAAAACGAAACAAUACAGAUGCGUUUUUAAAUUCAGCGUAUUGUGAUUUUUGAGGACCAACUAGUUGAUAGGUUUGGAUAAUUAUUAGUCACACAUUAGGGUUAAAUUUAGUAUAUUAUCAUUGGCUAUAAUGUUACUGACGAAUUUGCAUUUAGCGCUGCUAAAGUAUUUUAAUGUGUGAGGACAAGUCUCGUAAAUUUGGUAAAUAAUUUGAACUGCCAAUAAUUACGUAUUACAUGUUUGUUAGUAAAUUAUUAUUUUUGAGAUAUAAGGUAUGUUUUUAAUGUUGAUAAGUAGUUUUAAAUGUAAUUUAAUAUAAUGAAACCACAUAUUUUUCUCCAGUGUUUCUAGCGGAGGUGAGUUCGAGUACCUAUUUAUAAUGAUAAUAUAUAGUAUUAUUAAAAUAA